UCCUCUCUACCAUCUAACUCUCUUCACAAUUUUAUUUUCUCCUCCCAGUCUCUCUCUUUCUUUCCAGUUUCCCCCACUUGCAUUGUUAGCAUCGGCAGACCGGCAUCUCCUCUCUCUCGUACCAACCUCAACUCUUAACCUGCGCCACCGUAUCCCCUGCAAUGUUCUCAACAUCACUGUCCUCUCUCUUGCUCUUCUUCUGCUUCGCUUCUAUCUCACUCGCUACUAAACUCACUGACUUGGACCAGUUUCCUCUCACUGACUUGAACGCCACCGUUUCUAAUAUUUCUGUUCCUAAACCGGAUAGUUUUGCUGAUAUAAUCGAUCGAGCUCUCGAGAAAGAGUUCACUGAGAAUGAACAGAUUGAAGCGAAUGAUUCUGGAAGCUUUAACAACAGUGUAGCUGGUCAGCAGGCAGUUUUAGAAACUGUAGCAAGAGUUAAGCCGAAGAAAAAUGACACAAAAGAGGAAAAAUCAUUUAAACUUCAUGAUGUUUUUAAUCUGGAUAAUGAUAAUGGCGCCGAAGAGACACCAACGCUAAUAGAUCGCAAGGAUAAUAUUUUCAUUAUAUCUAAUUUUAAAUCAAAAUACCCUGUGCUGCAGCUAGAUUUAAGGUUGAUAUCAGAUUUGGUGGUCGUCAUUGUGUCUGCAGCAUGUGGUGGCAUCGCAUUUGCAUGUGCUGGACAGCCGGUGAUAACAGGAUAUUUACUAGCAGGAUCCGUUAUUGGACCUGGAGGGUUUAGCUUUGUUAGUGAAAUGGUGCAAGUUGAAACAGUGGCUCAAUUUGGUGUUAUUUUUCUUCUUUUUGCAUUGGGCCUAGAGUUCUCUACGGCAAAGCUUCGAGUUGUUAGAGCAGUUGCUAUUUUGGGAGGUCUGCUUCAAAUUUUCUUGUUUAUGUUCUUGUGUGGAAUUACGGCCUUGUUAUUUGGAGUUAAACCUUCAGAGGGGAUAUUUGUCGGCGCGUUUCUUUCAAUGUCUUCAACAGCAGUGGUUUUAAAGUUUCUGAUGGAAAAGAAUUCCUCUAGUGCUCUUCAUGGGCAAGUCACAAUUGGCACCCUUAUUCUACAGGAUUGUGCUGUGGGCUUGCUGUUUGCAUUGCUUCCAGUUCUGGGUGGGACUUCUGGUGUUCUUCAAGGAAUGAUAUCCAUCACCAAACUGUUGGUUGUGUUGAUUGCUUUUUUGGCUUCUUUGUCAGUAUUAUCUCGAACUUGUGUUCCUUGGUUUCUAAAGCUGAUGAUAAGCCUAUCGUCACAGACCAAUGAACUCUAUCAAUUGGCAUCAGUUGCAUUCUGCUUGCUUGUAGCCUGGUGUAGUGAUAAGCUAGGCCUUAGUCUGGAACUGGGGUCUUUUGCCGCUGGAGUAAUGAUAUCAACAACUGAUCUUGCUCAGCAUACACUAGAACAAGUCGAACCUAUUCGCAACUUCUUUGCUGCUCUCUUCCUUGCUAGCAUUGGGAUGCUGAUCCAUGUUCAUUUUCUUUGGAAUCACAUUGACAUAUUAUUAGCCUCUGUCAUAUUAGUGAUCAUCAUAAAGACAACUGUAGUCACCACAGUUGUCAAGGGAUUUGGUUACAACAACAAGACCUCUGUUCUUGCUGGAAUGUCUCUGGCACAGAUAGGGGAAUUUGCAUUUAUUCUCCUUAGCCGUGCUUCUAAUCUGCAUCUGGUUGAGGGGACAUUGUACCUGCUGCUUCUUGGGACAACAGCUCUGAGCCUGGUGACAACUCCUCUGCUUUUCAAGUUAAUUCCUUCUAUUGUACAUCUUGGGGUGCUGUUACGGUGGUUCUCCCCUGACAGUGCUGUUGAGAUGGGAUUUAAAGGGGAUAACCUUCGAUCAGAAAGUGGGAAGCAGCGAGUUACCCUUCUUCCCAUUUCGACUCUGGAAGAAUCCCAUGAUUCAUGAAUAUGAAGUGGAAAGGGAAUUGCUAGUUUUUCUUGACAAG